UUCUCUGCAGCCGUGGCAAAACACCGCUGUCCCCCCUUGUCUAUCUCUCUCUCUCUCUCUCUCUCUCUCUCUCUCUCUCGCGACAGAGCAGCAACUUACCCUGCGUCGAGCCAGAGCCCAUUGAAGCUGAGGAAACCGCAAUUUCUAUUGCGCUGCUUCUUGGCUUGCUGGCCCGGUUUUGCCUGGUCAAGACUGUCCGCCACCAAUGGCUUCAUCUCCAUUGUUCCAGGCCCUGCGCGUGGCGUACAAUGAUGAUUCCCCAGACGGCUACUGGGGAGAAAAGACUUCGACUCUGAAUUUUUGCGAAGAGGACUAUGUAGUCUCUUAUUACUGUGCCGAAGUCUGCAAUACAUUGACGAAUCUCCUAUUCCUAUGGCUUGGCUUUAAGGGCGUCUAUAAUUGUGUAUCUCAGGGUCACCCACGCAUAUUCCUCAUAGCAUAUCUCGGAUACGUUAUCGUUGGACUAGGCUCCACGGCCUUCCAUACAUCCUUGAAAUACCCCAUGCAGCUCAUCGACGAGCUGUCUAUGAUAUACACCACGUGUCUCAUGGUCUUUGCAACGUUUUCAUUCUCGAAGUCUAGCAAAUUUUCAGUCCUUUUAGGGAGUGGUCUCGUUAUCUUAGCUGGCUUUAUUACGUCAUACUACCACAUCACUAAAGAUCCGGCUUUUCACCAGGCCUGCUAUGCGGCGUUAACGGCAACGGUUGUUUUACGCAGCUUGUAUGUCAUGGAGACGCAACUACGGCCAGUCCUGUCACGAAGAAACAAGGACAAGGCCAAUCUCAUUCUCAAUACCAUGUGGAUCAUGGUUGGAACAGGACUCGGUGUCUUCCUCAUGGGUUUUCUCAUUUGGAAUAUUGACAAUGCUUUCUGUAGCCAGAUAAGGCAAUGGCGACGACAGCUUGGCCUGCCCUGGGGCGCCUUGCUUGAGGGUCAUGCUUGGUGGCACUUGAUGACAGGUGUUGGAGCCUACUACUACAUCACCUGGGGAAUAUGGCUACGUAGAUGUCUCGAGGGCCGCGAAGAUGAAUACAGACUCGUCUGGCCAAGGUCGCUUUCGUCGAUACCGUUAGUGGUCAAAGCGAAGAAGGCGGACUGAGGAAUAUGGAUCUCAAUGAUGGACAGGCAUUCAGUAGCCGUUCAGGGUGAUGUUGCACAGGUACACCGGUCGAGGACUUGG